UUAUUCUUUAGUUAUUAUUUGUUUUCUUUAGUUGGCCCUUCGCUGCAAAAGACAAGCUUCAGAGAACCGUUGCCUCCAAAACUUCGCUUAGUUGUCACUUUGAGCUAUUUAGCAUCUGGUGAUAGCCCCAAAUACUUAUCUAAAUACUAUAGGAUUGGUGCUUCUACUAUUUAUAAAGUAAUCCAGGAAACCUGCGAAAAUAUUUGGCAAGCUUUAGCUCCGUUGUUUCUCAAAGCACCUACCGUAGAAAAAUGGAAUGAAAUAGCUGAACAUUUCUACAAUCGUUGGAAUCUGCCUAACUGUGUCGGUUCUAUCGAUGGAAAACAUAUCCGUAUACAGUGCCCUCCUCGUAGUGGUUCAGAGUUCUUUAACAACGAGAAUGGAUCAAAUGGAAUAGUGACACAAGGAACAUGGCGAGAUACAGCUCCAUGUUUAAAUUUGAACAAUAUUAGUCGAUUUGGCAGUAAUAAUGCUACAAGAACAGCUAUCACUCAAAGAACAACAUUGGCCGAAUGGAUGCUUACAGAUGAAGGACAAGUACCCUGGCAAUUUCAAAUAAUUCGUGGUUGUGAUAGAAACACAUGA